CAUUCAAGUUUGUUUCAUUAUUGAUGAUAUCUAUCCACGUAUGUGUUGUGGUGAAGUCAAGUGCUGUGAUAUCAUUCAAACUGAAAAGCUUCAGCAACCCCGACCACUCGGAGCUGGACGGAGGCUGUUGUGACCCACGUUUUUUCAGCUGUGGAUCUUGUGAUAACUACUUCCUGAUCUGCCUUGAUGAUGCCAUCCUGGGAUCGAACGAUUUCAGCGACUGUGGCAUACGGACCAUCGAGACUGACGUUGUUUACACAGAUAAUGAUGAGUUCAACUUUCCCGCCAUAGUGCCAGACGACAUCCCAAACCCACUGGCCAUUAGCGUCUUGAGAUGGCAGGGAGGAAUGCGAGUAAAAUUACAAGUUUGGGAUGACGAUGGAAAUGGUGAUGACUUAAUUGACGAGUCAUUCUUGAACAUCGUUCAAAGUGCAGCCGUUUCGCAGUCAAGUGCCCAAUGGACAGAAUACAACAUGGGAACACACACGCAAUUCACAUUCCAGGUGAAGGUGAACUGUGUCAGAAACUAUUAUAAUUCGGACUGCAGCGUGUACUGUUCUCCACGGGACGACGCGUAUGGGCAUUACACGUGUGAUCAGACUACUGGGGCUAAGCUAUGCAAACCUGGCUGGCAAGGUGAGCAGUGCGACCUCGUUUUACAUUAUUGCGAGGUCAAUCCAUGCCUAAAUAACGGCACUUGUAAUGACUUUAUCGUGUUUUUUAACUGCACUUGCAAUCCCGACUACAUCUACGUCGAUGGUUUAUGUGAUGAGAAAGACGACUGCGCACAUCAUCCUUGUCUCAACGGGUCAACGUGCAAUGACCUAAUUGGCAACUUCUCCUGUACAUGUGCCCCGGGGUUCGAGGGAGAUUUAUGCAAUGUCGAUGAGGACGAGUGUGCUAGCGGGCCGUGCCGAAAUGGCGGGAACUGCACGGAGGGUCAACUGGGUAUGUUUAACUGCACAUGUCCGGCCGGGUUUGAUGGAGUUUUAUGCGAAACAGACACUGAUGAAUGCCUAUCUGAUCCCUGUGGUAUCAACUCGACCUGUGAUGACGUGGUGAAUGGAUUUGUGUGCCAUUGCAGUCUUGGUUUCGCGGGGAGAUUAUGUCGAGAUGAAGUGGACGAAUGUGCUUCAGGGCCGUGCCAACAUAACGCCACAUGCUUAGAUCACGUUGGUUACUUCGAGUGUAAUUGUUCUGAUGGGUACUUCGGUGAGCUUUGCGAGGUUGAUAUUGACUUCUGCGCGAACCUGACAUGUGCAAACAACGGCACGUGUCUGGAUCAAAUAGACGGGUUUCACUGUCUGUGUCAGAGGGGCUUUGAAGGCGUCAUGUGUGACGUAGAGACUGAUGAGUGCAUGAGUCGGCCAUGUUUGCACAACUCCACGUGUCAUGAUCUGCUAGCUAAUUACAGAUGCAUUUGUCAGGAUGGGUACGAGGGAACCAACUGCGAGGCGGACACGGAUGAGUGUGUGAGCUCCCCAUGCAGGAAUCAGUCGACUUGUGUUGAUCGAGCUGCUGGCUUUGUCUGUCUGUGCCAAGCUGGUUUUCAAGGCAUCUUGUGUGAUAUUGAAGUCGACGAAUGUGUGAGCUCCCCUUGUUUCGACAAUGAAACGUGCAUUGACAUAUUCAAUGGCUAUAGGUGCGAUGACGGUAUGGACGUAUGUGCCAACAACCCAUGUCUUAACGACGCAACGUGCAUGGACGGCGGUAUAGAUUUCAGCUGCCGGUGUCAGGCAGGUUACCGCGGCAACUUGUGUCAAUGGUAUAUCAAUGAAUGCGAGAGUUCUCCAUGUCUGAACGGCACAUGCUUAGAUCUUGUGAAUGGCUUCCAGUGUGACUGCGCACCUGGAUACGACGGAACUAUCUGUGAGCAUGACGUAGAUGAAUGCGCGAAUUCCGUUUGCACGUACGGGACGUGUGUCGACCAAAUCAACGGGUUCGUGUGUGUUUGCGUGGAGGAGUGUAUGAAAGGUCAGUGCGACAACGGGCAGUGCAUUUGUGAGUCUGGGUACGAGGGUGAUGAUUGUAGCGUCCAGAUUGACUAUUGCCGUAGCUCCCCCUGCUCAGACGGAACAUGUGUUACAUUAGUGAACAGUUUCAAGUGUGAAUGUGGGCCUUUUCACCAAGGCGACCUGUGUGACGUGUUAAUAGACAACCCUUGCUCAAUGUCCCCCUGCGUUAACGGUGAAUGUAUAACGUCAGAGGAGCAACCUAAUGGUUACCAAUGUACUUGCAAAGAGGGGUUUUACGGAUUCACUUGUGACGUAGAGCUGGGGGUAUAUGGUUGCGUCAUUUUCUGUGAUGGGAUACUCAAGGAUGCUCAAGCGUUCCAGAAGAACAUGGCCUCUCUUCUUGGAACACUGCUGUCUACAUUCGCACGGUCAACAGAGGACAGCAUUCAAGUAGAAGUAGUCGAUAUAGAGGAAUACAUGAGAUCUGACAAUGGGGGUCCUCUUUCCCAGGUGACAUUCGUUGCCCGGUCUUCAACUGAGUAUCUGCCCAAAGUGACGGUGGAACAAAGGGUCAACAACGCUCCAAAUGACUUAGUGAGCGAGCAGCUUGGAUACGAUGUAUAUAAGGGUAAGGCGAUACCACGGCUACUAACAAGGGAACAACAGAGUUGGCCGGCUACCCAUUGGUAUGUCUUUCUCCUUGUUACGAUGGGUUCAGUUUCCUCCAUUGCAGUAGGUAUAAUCAUCACACGUAAAAGACGCUCCCUUACUAUAAAUCCACCGGACGAAUGUCACAUCAACGAAGAUGACGGUCAAUACAGCACCGUGGAGACAAACUUGUCCAGCCCAGAACAUCUAUACACUGAUGACCAGUCUGACUCCGGUUCGGUCACCAAUCCCGUGUAUGACGCAUCCUAUGAGAAUUGCUAUGCGACAAUGAAAGGAGAUGCUGCCGAGUGCGACGCCAACGAAAAACCGUGUGCGAACAACCCAAUCAGAGCUGAUUUCAGUACGGGCGAGUAA